AUGUCAAGGCAUUUACACAAUGCUAUCACUGUACACUUGGAUGACCAGAAAAUCAAAAUUGAGUCUCUCUUGCAUGCUCACAAUGUCACUUCCAAGUACAUUAAUUACAUGAUUAAUAGUCACACCAAGUAUCACAUAAUGUGCAAGGUCCAGUUGACUAACACCCUUAUUCAUGCCAAAGCCAAGGAGAUGAAUACUAACUUCUGGGAGGACAUUUAUGACCUCCCAAUGGCUGAUUACCUUCAUCAAUUUGAACAAUGGGCAUGUACCCAAAAUGAAAUUGGUAAUAACCAUGAUGCAGAUCUAUUUAAAAUGAGCGUGACUCAUUGGAAACCAUGCGCAAGCAAGUUUGAAAGAUAA